GGAUGAAGCUGGGCAUGUGGUCGAUAGACCGCGACACCCUUCGCAGGGAUGGACUGGUCCUGUUCAGCAAACUGAUCCGGACGAAAAACGUGGACAACUUCCAAGAGCAGCAGAAACAGCCCAGGCCGGACGAUAGGAAACAGAAACUAACGAAAUGUCUGACGACGCUGGAUUUGACGUCUCUGGGCGUCGGAAGUUGCGUCGGUACUGGCAUGUAUUUGGUAGCAGGAAUGGUAGCCAAAAAUGUAGCAGGCCCAGGUGUAGUCAUCAGCUUUGUCAUUGCUGCUAUCGCCAGCAUAUUCUCAGGUGCUUGUUAUGCGGAAUUCGGGGUACGAGUACCGCACACGACAGGCUCCGCCUACAUGUACUCAUACGUCACAGUAGGCGAGUUCAUAGCCUUCGUGAUCGGCUGGAACAUGAUCCUGGAGUACCUGAUAGGCACGAGCGCCUGCGCGUGUGCGCUUAGCGCUUGUUUCGAUGCGCUAGCGAAUGGCGCCAUCUCUGAAGCUAUACACGAAAGCAUCGGCGGGACUUUAGGUAGAGACCCAGAUUUCGUAGCGUUCGUGAUAACGCUGCUGAUGAUGCUCCUGUUGGCAGCAGGAGUGAAGAAAUCCUUGAUCUUCACCAAUAUCCUCAACAUCAUCAACUUAUCCGUUUGGGUGUUUGUGAUGACGGCGGGUAUGUUUUACGUCAACACCGAUAACUGGACCAAACACAAGGGGUUUCUGCCCAAAGGAUGGUCAGGGGUGUUCACAGGAGCUGCAACCUGUUUCUACGCCUUCAUAGGGUUUGACAUUAUAGCCACCACCGGUGAAGAAGCAGCCACUCCAAAGAAGUCUAUCCCACUAGCUAUAGUAUCGAGUUUAGCCAUUAUUUUGAUAGCCUACGUCACUAGCUCCAUGAUGAUCACAUUAAUAGUUCCAUAUACGAAAGUAGACGAGGACUCUGCCUUGGUGGAGAUGUUCGGCCAAGUCGGUGCCUACAAAUGUAAAUAUAUAGUGGCCGUAGGGGCCUUGGCUGGUCUCACUGUCAGCAUGUUCGGAUCGAUGUUCCCGAUGCCGAGGAUUAUUUAUGCGAUGGCUCAGGACGGACUGAUAUUUAGGAUCUUCUCUCAAGUUUGGCCAAGUACGGGAACUCCAGCAUUGGCAACAUUCGUUAGUGGGCUUACAGCAGCUGUCGCUGCACUUUUUAUACGACUAGAAAUACUCGUAGAAAUGAUGUCUAUAGGUACCCUGUUAGCGUAUACCCUCGUCUCCACCUGCGUCCUCAUUCUCCGCUACCAACCGCACUCGACCAACUUGGUCGAGCUCCUCCCACAGAGUCUGCGCACGCCUCUGAGCGGCUCGCCCACCAAAGAGGGCGUGGCCGACGAUCCGAACGGACACGCCUACUACGGUGAUCGGUUGCACCCGGCGCAACUUCGACAAGCGAUCGACUCGAACGUCGGAGCGCUGACGCCUGCGCAGUCACCGUUGCCGCAACAGACCACGCAGAGGGUGAUGGUUAGGAGGGUGACCAGGAGCUCACCUGACAGCGAUGAUACCUUUGGAGCAGACGAACCGGAAGAAGAUUUCUCUGGUAGAGAUGAUCAAUUUUUAGUGUCUGAUAGAACAGAAAAUAAAUUUUACGGCACAGUGCAUGGGGGUGGUAGUACUGCAAGUACAGGAGGUGUAGUAGGGUCCACAGUAGGUCCUAGUUUGGGCAACAUAGGUCGCCGGUUACAGGCUGCCACUUAUCUAUGUCCAGCAAUUUUUCCGUGGGUCGAUACAGGGCCGGCCACAGAAGAAUCUGGCAUGUUCGUGAUGAAAAUGGUGGGCCAUCUGUACAUUCUGAUCAUCAUUUUCGAUCUCAUCGUCGUCUGCGGUAUGGACGACAUGAAUACGACCACAACGGUUUUCGUUUUCCUAUUCCUAUUCGCCAUAUUAGCCAUUUGUCUUGUCAUAUCACGAAAGCCUCAAAAUAGAAAUACACUAAUGUUCAUGACUCCAUGUUUACCAUUCAUCCCCGUGGUCGCUAUCACGGUGAACAUCUACCUGAUCAUGAAACUUUCCAUACUGACGCUGGUCAGAUUCACAAUUUGGAUGACCCUAGGACUCAUCAUGUAUUUUUACUACGGUAUCAAAAAUAGCACGUUAGAAGAAGGAAGGGACAACGACCAGAAUAUAGAAUUGACCAUAACGGACCAUGAGAACGCGAAGUAUGAUGGUACAUCACCGUAUAAGGGUGACCACAACAUAUUCAGUGAAAACCAACCGACGUAUGAUUGGGAUCCCAAAGCAGCAUGGGAUCAUCAGCCUUCCUGGGCACAAACUCAAGCAUCAACUGAACCAUCACCCCAACCAAAGCGAUACCAAGUCGAACAAAGGUACAAUGUUGAGACGAACGACACUAAAUCCGUUAUCAACCGAGCAAGCCCGAACACAGCAACAGCAGAACCGUCUAGCUUGUUCGUAAGCGAUCCAUUGGCUUACGCUAAAUGGGACGACUAG